AUGUCAAAAGCCCUCUUAUUCUUCAGCCUCGUCUGCCACGUAACAUCGAUGUCUAUUCGAUCAGAAAAGACAUCUCGUGACACAAACUUGGGGAAGGGAUCCUGCGCAUCCGCCAAAUUACCAACCGAAGAACAAUUCGUCAGUGGCUACACCAAAGUAUGCGAUACCUUCAUCGAAGGAUAUGGCAUGCACCGAAUCAAACACGACGACCCGUUACGAGCAACGAUCACAUUAACCAACGCCGAUGGCUCCACUUCUGAAUGGGUGUACAGGAUCUCCAUCCAGAACGACAAGAGCUCCGACAGACACGACAUCGAUCGUACGACAUGCAAGAACCAGUUCCAGGAAUUUCUGGAUGGCAACAAAGGUCUUGAUGGUAGCCAGGAAACUGGGCUAGGCAAGACGUAUUGCGUGGUUGACGGGACUGGCGGAGAUAGAAUAGGUACGGAACCCAACCGCCGUCCAACCGCAAACCAUGGGCAAGGAAAGCUUGUUCACCAAGACUGA